AUGGAACCGGCCGGCCGGUCUGUUCGUUUCCUGGCCAGAUUGGACCCGUCCGAACCGCACAAUUUUAUCACGCCAUGCAAGAAGAUUCACGAGUCGCAUGAUGUUCCGGCCUUCCUGGUCUCGAAAGCUUACACUGAUAUUAUGACCUUCAUCCUACAACUGAACCGCUCGAUAUUCCCAACAAAAAUGUCCGACGGAGAAUCGCAAGCAUGGCCCUUGGGUACAGAUGCUGUCCAGUUCUCCGCGCCCAUUCGACAGCUGCAGGAGUUACUUUCCAAGCUUGAGGACCUUAUACAAGAGGUUCCACCAGACACUGGGCCACGUCGAUUUGGAAAUAUUAGCUUCCGGAAAUGGCAUGAGGUUCUGGAAGAGCGGGCCUCUACUCUGCUAAGAGAAUGCUUGCCCGCGGAGCUUUUGGACACGCCUUCAGCAGAUCCCGAGGGACCUACAGCGGAGACCGAAUUGAAGGCAUACUUUCUCGGUAGUUGGGGAAGUGGUCAGCGUUUGGACUAUGGCACAGGCCAUGAAUUGAGCUUUUUGGCAUUUUUAGCUGCCAUUUGGAAACUAAACGGAUUCCCAACGUCUGACCCGGGCGUCGAAGAGAGAGCCAUUGUUCUCGGAGUUAUUGAACCAUACCUUGAACUUAUCCGGACUUUGAUCAAAACGUACACACUUGAACCAGCUGGGUCCCAUGGUGUAUGGGGGCUUGACGACCACUCCUUCAUUCCCUACAUCUUAGGCUCCGCGCAGCUUGCUCCAGCUAUCAGUGACACAGACCUGACACCAGAAGAAGGUUCAUUACCUGAUGCCCCUGACCCCAGCGGAGUCGCCAAAGCCAAUAACGUGGAGAGGGAGAGGAGAACUAACUUGUAUUUCUCCGCCAUUGGUUUUAUCUAUGAUGUGAAAAAAGGGCCGUUCUGGGAACAUAGCCCUAUGCUGUACGACAUCUCCGGUAUUAGAGCCGGAUGGGGCAAGAUCAAUAAGGGCAUGGUGAAAAUGUACAACGCAGAGGUUUUAUCCAAGUUCCCAGUUGUACAGCACUUCCCAUUUGGCUCUUUGUUCAGCUGGGCUCGUGACCCCAACGCUAUUGCGCCUCCGACAACCGUCCACUCAACCUCGGGUCCACAAGCCCGACCUGCUGUGCCAGAUGGGGGUGGUCCGUCGACUACCGCACGGCCGAAUGUGGAUUUGGGUACGAGGGCACCAUGGGCAAAUGCAGGAGUGGGAACUCGUGUACCUCCCAUGGGGAAUACAGCGGCACCGUGGGCUGCUGCGCGAAGGGACGUGCCUCAGGCUUCAAAUACAGCUCUUCCUGACACCUCUCGACUACCUCCAGGCCCUAUGGCUCCAACCAAAGCUCCCUGGGCAACCUCACAAGCCCCUCCGCCACCAGGGGGUGAUGGACCUACUAAGGCACCUUGGGCUAAAUAG